AUGGCGUUCCUCAACCCCAAGUUCAUCCACUGCAUCGUCGCAGAACCAUCAGCAGCACAACUUCAAUCAGGACUUUCAGCUCUUCGCCGCUCCGGAGACCCCUCUCAGGAUCUCUCAAGCCUCGCGUGCGCAGGCGAUAUCGACAGAGUGUCUCCAGUUCAGUCUAUCUCGUCUCCAUCUCACGGGCAUCUCUACUCGUCUCCAAAUCACCGGUCUUUUCCCAGUCUAGCAUUGCAAAAACAAUCCCCUCAAGAGAAAUACCUGCGCCAGCUUGCUCAUUUGCAACGUCUGCCGCCUGUCCCAGCCUUUGACACAACCUCUGCUCCCCGCAGAAACUACUCGGUCCCCAACAUCCCACAAGGCGAUAUGGCUACCGCCUUUGACUCGAUGUAUCUCCCGGGAGGUGACUUUAGCGCCUCCCACGAUGACUUCUUGGACCUCGGGCCCAACUUCCAGUCCAACCACUUCACUCCUGUCAACUCCGGGGUCAACGAUGGCACAAUUUCCCCUACUGACCUGUUCAAGGAUGACACCAUGAUCAUGUCGGCUCCGCCAUCCGCCGCUUUCCCUAACUUGAGCACUCCGGACUCGAGCUUCUUGGAAUCUCCUGCUAUGGCCAGCAGUGGUCUCAACACCUCCCCACUGGAAGAUGGAGAACUUGAUGCCACCUUGAACUUUGCCGAACUCGACGGCAUGGUACCACUCUUCCCUCAGAACAGCAUGGAUCAAUUCGCCUGCACACCAUUAGCGACUGAGGCUUUUAUUAAGCCACCUUCGAGCGUUGUGAGCUCUCGACCAGUCUCCACUGUUCAAGAGACUGGUAUGGUACGACAGAAGUCCUCACCAGGGCGACCACCCUCUCAACCAUACCAUGUGCGCAAGCGCUCUGAGACUAAUGGCGUCUCCAAGGCGUCCAAAGCCCGCAAGAGCUUGCCCGAGAUCCACAUCGAGAGCGAUGAUGACAAGGAAACAGCUAAGAGGAAGAAGAACACUGCCGCUGCUCGGAAGUCCCGUCAGCGAAAGCAGGAACACGCUGAGGCUGCUGAAGCUGAGAUCCAACGUCUCAGGGCCAUUAUUUACCGCCUCGGAGCCGAUCCUGACUUGGAGGACAUGUGA